GAAACAACAAAAAAGGCGUAAAGCGAAUGCACUCAGAAGAGAGCAAUGCUGACGUCAUACUCCGAACUUGGACUCCUAUACCUUUCCCCCCGAUUUCUAAGAUCUUCCGUUUUCUCUUCUCAUUCGUGAUUCAUUGAUUCAUUGAUUUCUUCACGCGGCUUUCAUGGCAGCCACAACAAUGGCUUCGGCGGCUGGAGCCGUCGUUCUUCUAUACUUUGUUCUCAACCGUAGGUUAGCGGCGGCGUCGAAAGCCGAAGAGGAGGAAAAUGAACACUCAAAAUCGAGCAGAUCGCCGCCGUUAAGGAGAAGAAUCUCGCGGAGACCAGCUCAGGCGCCAGCCACGUGGUUUGAAGCUAUCACGACGCUGUCUGAUACGCUUAGAUAUACUUAUUCUGAGACAUUAGGAAAGUGGCCUAUCGGAGAUUUAGCUUUCGGUAUCAAUUAUCUCAUGAGAAGGCAGGGUAACUUACAAGUUGCAUCUGUAUAUGCUGGAGAAGGUUGUGUCCAACUCAAUGGCCCAGAAAUGGUUGCUGAAUUGAAUUGUUAUUUAAGGUUUUUGACUCUUUGCAUGCUCUUUUCAAAGAAGUCAUUUUCAGUUUUUCUGGAAUCUGCUGGAUAUACUGAUGCAGAUGUUCUUCUUCAAAAGCCUAAAGCAGGACUUCUGAAACCUGCUUUUACAAUCUUACGCGAUGAAGGAUCGAAAUGUUUUAUUCUAUUGAUUCGGGGCACUCAUAGCAUCAAAGAUACUCUAACUGCUGCUACAGGUGCAGUUGUCCCUUUUCACCAUUCGGUCUUAGGUGAUGGUGAGAUUAACAAUCUUGUACUGGGAUAUGCUCAUAGUGGAAUGACUGCAGCUGCACAAUGGAUUGCAAAGAUUAGCAUUCCUUGCUUGUUAAAAGCUCUUGCUGAAUAUCCAGAUUAUAAAGUUAAGAUUGUUGGACAUUCGCUUGGUGGUGGAACUGCUGCACUUUUGACAUACAUUCUUCGUGAAAAGAAUCAGUUUUCACUUACCACUUGUGUCUCGUUUGCCCCAGCUGCAUGUAUGACUUGGAACUUGGCAGAAUCAGGCGAACAAUUCAUCACUACAGUUAUUAAUGGUUCGGAUAUAGUGCCCACAUUCUCAGCAUCUUCUCUUGAUGAUCUUCGGUCUGAGGUUACUGCUUCUUCUUGGUUGAAUGAUUUACGUGCACAAGUUGAAAGGACACGAGUCUUAAACGUUGUUUAUCGAUCAGCUACUGCUUUAGGUUCCCGUCUUCCAUCUAUUGCAAGCGCAAAAGCAAAGGUUGCUGGUGCAAGUGCAUUACUAAGGCCAGUCUCCAGUGGCACACAGGUGGUGAUAAAGCGAGCACAAAACGUGGCUCAAGCCGUGGUGAAAACUCGAUCAUCGUUUUCGGCGUGGUCAUGUAUGGGGGCACGUCGGCGAACAGUAAGCACGGUGGUUUCAAACUCGGAGGGAGAAGAAAUAUCGUCUGCUCUUCUCAUAACCGAACCAACAUCCCAAAUUCUAGAAAGCGAAGAUCUGACCAGAAAUCUAUUACAUAAUAAUAAUAAGCAGCGAGUGUCUUAUUCUUCGAGCGGCGGAUCUGGUCACGAUGACACCGAUGAGGACGAAAACGCCCCUGUGAAUGCAGAAACUAUUGUUGACGCCACUGCUGCUGCUUCGUCAUCGUCGGCUACUGCCAUAGUUGAGAUGACUGAAGGUGAAUACGAGAUAUGGUAUGAAGUGGGAAGUAAACUGGAUGAAAAUAGAAAGGAAUUAGUAGAAGGUGGUGAAGAAAGUAAAACGGAGUCAUCGGUUAGAGUUGAAGAAGAACAGGUGGUGGUGGUGGUGGAGAGUCACCGGUUUUAUCCUCCGGGAAGAAUAAUGCAUAUUGUAUGCGCAUGUGAAGACGGGAAUGGUGGAGAAAGUGGGGGUAAUAUUGGUAUUUACGGAACUCCUAGAGAAUUGUAUAGUAAGAUUAGGCUGUCGAAAACCAUGAUUAAUGAUCAUUACAUGCCUAUGUAUAAGAAGAUGAUAGAAGGAUUGCUCAGAGAUUUAGACAAGAAUGAAGAACAACAAGAACAAGAAAAGGUGAGUUAUGAAGAAGAUAUGAUUUAAGGUAAUAUAGUAUAUAUACAUGAUAUCAUAUUUAUUUGGCUAUUUUUAUUUGAAAAACCAUAGCAAGCAAAUACAUAGUUGUAUAAACCUGCCCUAAUUAUGGGGAGGAAAGCUAUAUAUUGGUAUUAAUUAAUGAA